CGCCGCCUCCCGCCGCCGGACCCGGGAGCGGCCCGGGGACCCCACCGACCUAUCUGCCGACCGGCCCACCCACCGACCUAUCUACGGACCGACCCACCGCCAGGUCUUGUGACAUCUUUCAGGAAAGCAUUCUGAAAUUAUUUUCAAUUCUCACAAGAGAACACAUUGUCUCAGAAAACUGAAAUGGGGGAGACUUCUCUGCAGGCCUCGCGGUUAUGAAAGUGGUUAAAUUCCAUGAUGCCUCCUGCUAUGGCAGACGUCCUUGACAUUUGGGCAGUGGAUUCCCAGAUAGCGCAUGAUGGCCCCAUCACUGUGGACUUCCUCUUACCCACUGGGGUCUAUGUCCAGUUGGAUGUGCCCCGGGAGGCUCCCAUUUCUUCUAUUAAACAGAUGCUGUGGAAACAAGUGCACAACUAUCCUCUGUUCAGUCUCCUUACGGAAAUUGACUCUUACAUGUUCGCUUGUGUAAACCAAACUGCCGUGUAUGAAGAGCUCGAAGACGAAACCCGGAGGCUGUGUGAUGUUCGACCCUUUCUUCCAGUUCUCAAAUUGGUGACACGAAAUUGUGAUCCAGGAGAAAAAUUAGACUCCAAAAUUGGCGUUCUCAUAGGAAAAGGUCUUCACGAAUUUGACGCCUUGGGAGAUCCUGAGGUAAAUGAUUUCCGUAGUAAAAUGCGGCAGAUCAGUGAAGCGAAGAUCCAAUCCCUUGUGGGACUGUCUUGGAUGGACUGGUUGAAGCACACGUAUCCACCAGAACAAGAGUCUUCAAUCCUGGAAAAUAUUGAAGAUAAACUUUAUGGUGGGAACCUUGUAGUGGCUGUCCAUUUUGAAAAUUGUCAGGAUGUGUUUAGUUUCCAAGUAUCCCCUAAUAUGAAUCCUCUCAAGCUGAAUGAGCUGGCAAUCCGAAAACGUCUGACUAUCCACGGGAAGGAAGAUGAAGUCAACCCUUAUGACUAUGUAUUGCAAGUCAGUGGGAAGCUGGAAUAUGUGUUUGGUGAUGAUCCAUUAAUUCAGUUCCAGUAUAUCCGUAAGUGUGUGAUGAACAGGACCCUUCCUCAGCUUACCCUCGUUGAGUGUUGCAACAUCAAGAAGAUGUGCGAGCAGGAAAUGAUUGCCAUAGAAGCGGCUAUAAAUCGAAAUUCAUCUAACCUUCCCCUGCCUCUGCCACCCAAAAAAACACGAAUUGUUUCUAGUGUUUGGGAAAAUAGCAACCCUUUCCAAAUUGUCCUGGUUAAGGGGAGUAAAUUGAACACAGAAGAAACUGUCAAAGUCCAUGUCAGGGCUGGCCUCUUUCAUGGAACUGAGCUCCUUUGUAAGCCUAUAGUAAGCUCAGAGAUAGCUGGGAGAAAUGAUCACGUUUGGAGCGAAACACUGGAAUUUGAUAUCAACAUCUGUGAUUUGCCAAGAAUGGCUCGGUUGUGCUUUGCUGUUUAUGCUGUGAUGGAUAAAGCGAAAACCAAAAAGUCGACCAAGGCGAUUAAUCCCUCCAAGUAUCAGACCAUCAGAAAAGCUGGAAAAGUGCACUACCCUGUUGCAUGGGUGAAUACCAUGGUAUUUGAUUUUAAAGGACAGUUGAAAACUGGAGACAUCAUACUGCACAGCUGGUCAUCAUUUCCUGAUGAACUUGAAGAAAUGUUGAAUCCAAUGGGAACAGUUCAAACAAAUCCGUAUACUGAAAAUGCAACAGCGCUACAUAUUAAAUUCCCAGAAAAUAAAAGGCAACCAUAUUACUACCCUCCUUUCGAUAAGAUUAUUGAAAAGGCAGCUGAGAUUGCAAGCAGUGACAGCGGCAAUGUGGCAAGUCGGGGUGGCAAGAAGUUUCAUGUUGUUCUCAAAGAAAUCAUGGAAAGGGACCCCUUAUCUCAACUGUGUGAAAAUGAAAUGGAUCUCAUUUGGACUUUGCGACAAGACUGCAGAGAGAAUUUCCCGCAAUCAUUGCCAAAAUUACUGCUCUCGGUAAAGUGGAAUAAACUUGAAGAUGUUGCUCAGCUUCAGGCUCUUCUUCAGAUAUGGCCUAAACUGCCUCCUAGAGAAGCCUUGGAGUUGUUGGAUUUCAAUUACCCAGACCAGUAUGUGAGAGAGUAUGCAGUGGGAUGCUUGAAACAAAUGAGCGAUGAAGAGCUCUCGCAAUACCUUCUACAACUUGUGCAAGUUCUGAAAUAUGAACCUUUUCUCGACUGUGCCCUCUCCAGAUUUCUAUUAGAAAGAGCACUAGCUAAUAGAAGGAUAGGUCAAUUUCUAUUUUGGCAUCUUAGAUCAGAAGUGCACAUUCCUGCCAUUUCUGUGCAAUUUGGUGUAAUACUUGAAGCUUAUUGUAGGGGAAGUGUUGGACACAUGAAAGUACUUUCCAAACAGGUUGAAGCCCUUAAUAAGCUGAAGACCUUGAAUAGCUUAAUGAAACUGAAUGCAGUCAAGUUAAGCCGAGCAAAAGGAAAGGAGGCUAUGCACAGCUGUUUAAAACAAAACGCGUACCGGGAAGCGCUCUCUGAUCUCCAGUCACCUCUGAAUCCCUGCGUAAUACUCUCCGAACUCUAUGUUGAGAAGUGUAAAUACAUGGAUUCUAAAAUGAAACCCCUGUGGAUUGUGUACAACAACAAGGUAUUUGGAGGUGAUCCAGUGGGAAUCAUCUUUAAAAACGGGGAUGAUCUGCGACAAGAUAUGUUAACACUGCAGAUGUUGCGCCUGAUGGAUUUACUUUGGAAAGAAGCGGGUCUGGAUCUCCGAAUGCUGCCUUAUGGUUGUUUAGCAACAGGAGACCGCUCUGGUCUUAUUGAAGUUGUUAGCACCUCUGAAACGAUUGCAGAUAUCCAACUCAAUAGCAGUAAUGUUGCUGCUGCUGCUGCCUUCAACAAAGAUGCUCUCUUAAACUGGCUCAAGGAAUACAAUUCGGGCGAUGACUUGGAUCGAGCCAUUGAGGAGUUUACCCUGUCCUGUGCUGGCUACUGUGUAGCUUCUUAUGUUCUAGGAAUUGGAGAUAGACACAGCGACAAUAUCAUGGUCCGGAAGACUGGCCAGCUCUUCCACAUUGAUUUCGGACAUAUUCUUGGAAACUUCAAGUCUAAAUUUGGAAUUAAAAGGGAGCGAGUGCCUUUCAUUCUUACCUACGAUUUCAUUCAUGUCAUUCAACAAGGAAAAACAGGAAACACUGAAAAAUUUGGCCGGUUCCGCCAAUGCUGUGAAGAUGCUUACCUAAUUCUUCGAAGACAUGGGAAUCUUUUCAUCACUCUUUUUGCACUGAUGUUGACUGCUGGGCUUCCUGAGCUCACCUCAGUCAAGGAUAUACAGUAUCUUAAGGAUUCUCUGGCCUUAGGGAAGAGUGAUGAGGAAGCACUAAAACAGUUUAAGCAGAAAUUUGACGAGGCACUGCGGGAAAGCUGGACUACCAAAGUGAACUGGAUGGCUCACACCGUGCGGAAAGAUUACAGAUCAUAACUGGACACUUUCUUCUGGGAACCCCGCGGGUGGCGGGUUUGGGUUUCGUUCAGGAUUUGCACUAAGCCGAACUGUACUCCGACAGAAGGUAUUAAAAAGGGAACCAAUUCCUGGAGCGCGCUAGCCUGAAUGAUCCCUGAUGAUUGCACUCUACUAUGGAAUGCUUGACACAGACUCAAUACAAAAAUCUGUAAACACCCUGGAUAAUCACUUCCUGCUGACUUUGCACGCGGAGAGCUACCAGAUGUGUUCUUAUCUCCCUUCUUCCUGUUGGGUUAGGUUUUUUUUUGGUACUUUUAAGAAAGGAUGUAAAUGUCCACUUUGUGUGUCAUGGUAAAGUACUCUAACCUGGCCAAAGAGUUGCACAAAGCUUGACGUGUGACUGGUGGCUGAUUUUAAGCUUCAGAAUAGGACUUCUAAAUUAUGGGCAUCUUUUUGUUGAUUUUGUUUUUCUAAGUCAUGCCAACUAAAGAUUACAGUAUCUUAAGAAAAAUCUGCCACACUUCUAGAACCUUGUACAUUCUAUUGUAAAUAUUUAUCCAUUGGGUUUACUGAGAAUCUUCUGGAGUGGCAAAUGGUAUAUAUAUUAUACAUAUAUAUAUAUAUAUAUAUGAGGCGACAUAUAAAUAUAUUUGUAAAAUUUCUAGCGAGAGUUCUAAUCAAAAGAUAUCAUGUCUUUGGUUUUCUUCAGAGUGAGUUUGUUUUGCCAAAAGCAGAGCCUUUUUCUUAAAUUAUGUUUUAGUGAACAAUAUUUGAUCCAGUGGCUUCCAUAAUAACUGGGAUGCAUACGUAUGUGUGCGCAAACUGUACCUAGUAUGACGUAGAUGCUAAAAACCUGUGUGCCCAAAAGUCAAGGAAGACUAGGGAGGAAAUUCAGUAUUUUAUGACAAUGCCAUAUGAGCAGUCUUAAACUUGUUCUUAUUAAACCUUGUAUUAAUGCAGGUUUUCCAGGAAAUAGGUUGUUUAAAAUGGUGACCAAAUAAAUUGAAUUCUCUUUUGAUGAGGUACCAGAUUUUAGGGUGCUAAAUGGAGAGCAAAUUUGAUAUGUGCAAUACAAACUUCUGGCUUCAAAGAGUAAACAUUAUUGUCUGACCAUCAGCAAAUCAGCCUAAACUACUGCUUGUUCUCCAAAGACACUGGUAGCUCUCAAUUCUGAUAUUUGAAAGCAACUUUGAAUAUUUACCUUUUGACUAAACAUUUGUUUUUCUUGGGGAUUCCAUUAAAGAUUAUUUUACUUUGUU